UAUGUAAAUAGAUGUAAUCAACCUACAUCAACUAGUAUAUCUGCUAGAACAGUCUAUGUCAGUGUUUCAAGUCAAGUACUUACUUUAUGUGAAGUUCAGAUAUAUUCCGAUUAUCAGUGUAAUACUGGAUACUACAGUACAUCAAGUUCUACAUGUCAACCUUGUAAUACCUGCCUUAAUGAUAAAUGUAAUCCUGGUACUGGUUAUUGUACUGAUGGAUGUAAAGACGGUUAUUAUGGUAGUAAAUGUGAAGACCGAUGUAGUGAUGGGUGUUUAAACAAUCAGUGUAAUCAGAUAGGCGGUACCUGCACAUGUAUGGACGAUUAUUACGGUGAUACAUGUCAACAGCCCUGUAGUCCUAACUGUAUAAACAGUAAAUGUUCCACUACAUUUUCAUCACCAAAAUGUACAGAUGGUUGUAUUGAUGGUUAUCAAGAUUCUUAUUGUCAAUCACCAUGUCCUGUUAACUGUAAAACAUGUCAACAAGAUGGAUCAUCAUGUAUUGCAUGUAAUCCAGGAUGGUUUGGUACAAACUGUUUUUCACCAUGUUCUAGUAAUUGUGUCGGAGGAUGUAAUAAGUUAGAUGGUAGAUGUAAUGACUGUAAACCUGAUACAGUUGGUCCAUACUGUAACCUUACAUGUGGUCCAGAAUGUCAACCAAUAACACACCAGACCAGUGUCACUUGUGAUAGAACUGGUAGAUGUACUGACUGUCUUAUAGGAAUAUAUGGUAAAGGAUGUAAUAUAAGCUGUAGUACAGGAUGUAAUGGUGGAUGUGGAAGAGAUGAUGGUAAAUGUACUAACUGUAUUAUAGGAAGGUAUGGUGAUAAAUGUGAUAAGAAGUGUAGUACAGGAUGUGAUGGUGGAUGUAGAGGAGAUAAUGGUAGAUGCACUGACUGCAUUGUAGGAAGAUAUGACGAUAGAUGUGAUAAGAACUGUAGUACAGGAUGUGAUGGUGGAUGUAGCAGACGUAUUGGUAGAUGUAGGAACUGUAUUAUAGGGAGAUAUGGUCAUUAUUGUGAUAAAAACUGUAGUACAGGAUGUGAUGGUGGCUGUGAUAGAAAUAAUGGAGAAUGUACUAGCUGUAUAGAAAGCAGAUAUGGUAAAGAAUGUUAUAAGAGUUGUAGUACAGGAUGUGAUGGUGGCUGUGGUAGAAAUUAUGGAGAAUGCACUAGCUGUAUAGGAGGCAGAUAUGGUAAAGACUGUUAUAAGAGUUGUAGUACAGGAUGUGAUGGUGGAUGUAAUAGAAGUGAUGGUAAAUGUACAUCUUGUAUUAAAGGUAAAACUGGAGACAUGUGUGACAUUGACUGUAAUAAUAAUUGUACUGUUUGUAAUCAGGGUAAUCCCAACUCUUGUACUGAAUGUAAAGAUGGAAGAUGGGGAUCAUCAUGUAAUAAACUAUGUAAUAUUAACUGUAAACCAGUAGUUGGUACAACUGUUGGUAAAUGUAAUAUAACAAGUGGAUUAUGUACUGAUGGAUGUAAAACGGGAUUAUAUGGUAUAGAUUGUAAUAAUGAUUGUCGGUCUAACUGUAAAGAUGGUUUAUGUGAUCAGAUGACAGGAAAUUGUAUCAUUGGAUGUUUACCUGGUAAAAUAGGGUCUAACUGUACAACAGACUGUGAAGCUGGUAGUUAUGGUGACAACUGUACGAGACAAUGUGGCAAUUGUGGUAAUAAAAGACCAUGUGAUGUAACUACUGGUAGUUGUGGACUUGUCGGAUGCGCUGAUGGGUUUCAAGGUCCAACUUGUCAGGAACGUGUACCUGUUUCUACAAGUACCACAUUAGGUCCUGUGGUUUAUGUUGUGAUUGGUGUUAUAUGUGGUAUAUUUGGCAAUGUAGUUGUUUUCCUCUCGUAUCAUUUCUACAAGAAAAGACGCCAGUCAAGUCCAAGUCCACAAAAUGAUGAAAUUAUUCCCGAUUACAUUUACACCUCUAGUAAUUUAAACCCGACUAGUUCUACAACAGAUGAAAUUAUUCCCGAUUACAUUUACACCCCUAGUAAUUUAAACCCGACUAGUUCUACAACAGAUGAUACAUUAACCACUGGACGUAAAAAUAUUCCAACUAAUACACGUAAUGUAGUGUAUGAAAACCAGUCGUUUAAUACAGAAGACGAUGUGAGAAAUAUGUAUGAUACAUUAGAUGACACAGUAGAUGAUACGCCCAAUACGUAUACGUCUAUAGAAUAAAAAUAAUACUGUAUAUGGUAUAUAAGACAUAUGUAUGGUAUAUUAGAUAACACAUUUGAUAAUACAUCUACAGAUAUAAUCAAAUAGAUGUAAUACUGUAGAUUGUAUAUAAGAAAAACUUUAAUAUAAAGCAUGCCAUAUAGAUGUAAUACCGUAGGUUGUAUAUUAGAAAUACUUUUAUAUAAAGCAUGACAUCUAGAUGUAAUAAUGUUGGUUUUAUAUAAGAAAUACUUUAAUAAAGCAUGAUAUAUAGAUGGAAUAAUGUUGGUUUUAUAUAAGAAAUACUUUAAUAAAGCAUGCUAUAUAGAUGUAAUAAUGUUGGUUUAUAUAAGAAAUACUUUAAUAAAGCAUGCUAUAUAGAUGUAAUAAUGUUGUUUUUUUAUAAGAAAUACUUUAAUAAAGCAUGAUAUACUGUAUAUUUUAUACAAGAAAUGUUUUAAUACAAAGCGUGACAUAAAUUUAAUACAAAGCGUGACAUAAAUUUAAUACAAAGCGUGACAUAAAUUUAAUACUUUGGAUUUUAUAUAGAAAUAUUUUAAUGAAGCAUGAUAUAUAUAUAAUACUAUAGAUUUUAUAUAAAGCAUUAUACAUGUAAUACAUGUGGAAUUGAUAUAGGAAAUAUGUACAAUAUCUAGCAAAACAUUUGAUGAAUUCCUUCUCUAAACCAUUUAGUAUAAUAUAUCCUCAUUUGAAUAAUUAUUAUUGGUAUCGGCGAAUCGCACAUUGGACGGGUUAUGCUUAUUCUUUGUAAAACAGUUCAUGUCACUGGGUCCAAUAGUUUAUAAUAUAGUUUAUUAAUAAUUCAAUGUUAAGUAUGCGUAAUCCUGUACUGUUAUAUAAUUUAUAUAGAUAGGUUUUAGCUGAUAGAUGUAGGUUACAUGUAAGGAUUUCAAAUAUACAUCAUACCAACCCGUCGAUGUAUUUCAUUUAUAUCUUAUAAGAUUACUUUAUUAUGUUCAGAAAUCUUUUGGGUAUUUCUAUUGGAGGUCAUUACCCAUCUUCAUUAGCCCAGCCGGGGCAGAACAUUUGGAAGUUAAACCUCAUUUCAUUUAUGACAUAUUAUGUUUUUGUAUUAUUCUCGUCAUGCAGAAUGGAGAAAUGUAAUGUGCAAAAUAACCUUUAUACUAUAUUUUGUAUUAUUGAAAAGUGUAUUAUGUAUUAGUUUUAGUACACUUUCCGAGGUGUAUCGGUGAAUAUCAGGACAGUUUUGGUCGAGGGGCCCAGCCGAGGCGGCUCCCGACCAAAACUGUCCUGAUAUUCACCGAUACACCGAGGAAAAGUGCUAAUAAGUUACUUACAUCACAUUUCGAUCGAGUAUUGUGAAGCAAAAUGUGAAAAAUAGUAUUUAUUAUCGAGUCGUUUCAACCGAAAAGUGACAAACACUUUCUGCUCUUUCAUUUAUCCCUUUCUGAGCCUCACGUUACAUUUCAUGGUAGAAUGAUUUCGCAGUGGAGAGACGACCUGAGUAGUAUUUACACGUGCGUAUUGCUAUGAUACUAUGAUCGUAAAACAAUCACGUGUUUGUUUAGACCACAUCGUCAAAACAACUUGUCUAUGGCGUAGAGGACUGCGAUAUUAUUAAAUGUAGUGUAAAGGAAAUGCGAAACGUGGGUCAUUCCUGGUGAAAGUAUGCAUCGGCGGAUGGUUCUUCCAUUGAAAUUCAUUUGUAAUAAAGUUUAUGACUUUCUAGGCGUUUUUUUUUCAUUCUGCUUAUUUUCAAUGCCUGUGAAGUGUCCAGCAAGAGAACUGCGCCUUCUAUCAUCACAAUUAAUUAAAAUAAUUAUUCAAUAUUCUAAUUUAUAUAUUUUGCAUAUUAAUAUAAAUCAAACCAAAUUAUGAAAUAGAUGCCAAUUGAUAUGUAUAAUAAUUGAUUUUUGUAAUAUGUUGUUAUGUUAAUUUAAUGGCAUUGUAUAUGUUUUUGAACUGCCAUGUAGUUCCGCCGGUUUGUUUUGUUAAUAUGAUUUUGACUAGUUGUUUCAUGUACAUUAUCCUUGUGCAUUGUAUAGAGCCAUCGUUAUCAAUUGCGAUCUGGGUCGGACUAAACGUCCGCUACUUAUUGCUUGAUAGGUAUCUAAAACAGUAUAAAAGUAUCCGUGUAUCAAAAAUGAACAGUACUCUUUUCUGUAUAUUUCUGAUACACGGAUACUUUUAAGCAUGUAUUGAAAAUAAACAGGACAGUUUUAUCAAAGGUUGCCAGUGGCAACGAGUAGAAGUGGGAUGUAAAUAUUUUAACACUAGACAAUGGUAUUGUGGAGCAAUGGAAAUUGCAAAAUUGUAAAACUAAAAUAAGUAUUGUAUUUUGAACUGCUGACAUAUACGUAUACGUGACAACUGAAUUAUGGGAUGUAUAGAGAUUACACAUUUUUAAACCGGGGAUGUAUAUAUCCAUGUCCUUGACUACUAGACAUAAAUUAUAUAAGUAUACAUAUUAAUUUAAAUAGUUUAACUAGUAAUUAUUGUAUUUUUUUUAUCACGCUUCACUUGGUAGUGUAUUAUUAUAUUGGUAGUAGAAUGAUCGAAUUAGCCCAAAAAUAUGUAUAAGUUUCGUUCUUGUGCAGCAGAUAUUUCAUGUUGGUCUCAAAGCAGAUGAUUUGAUUUAUUAGCCAGACAGCAUGAAUAAUAAUUUGCAUGAUAAGUUGAGAUAUUUUAUAUAGACUGCUGUGUCGACCAAGGCACGUUUUAGCAAAUUGUGUCUUAUUUUUGUACUUUUUUUUAUAUUUUUAAAGGAUAUAAUGUAUUUUAGAUUGUAUAACUGUUUAUUAUAACAUUAACAAUAAUCUCGCCUUUUUAAUACUGUGCUAUUUCAAUACUUUUAUAUCUAUUUAUGAAUGUUAACAUUAUGCUUUAUAACAUAGUUCAUAAUAAUCAAUAAACAAUAU